AUGAAGCUCUCAAGUGCAAUCACCGUGGGCCUGGCAAACCAGGCAUUGGCUGCUCAUUCCGAUAACCCCUCGGUUGACUACAACUCGGCUCCGCCAAACCUUUCUACCUUGGCAAAUGCAACCCUUUUCGACACAUGGAGACCCAGAGCCCACCUCCUGCCUCCCUCUGGGAGGAUAGGCGACCCGUGCGCGCACUACACCGAUCCUAAGUCCGGUCUCUUCCAUGUGGGUUGGCUUCACGAUGGAAUUGCAGGAGCCACGACGGAUGAUCUUGCUACCUAUAAAGAUCUCAAUCCUGAUGGAGCUCCGGUAAUCAUCGCUGGAGGAAAGAAUGAUCCCCUUGCCGUCUUCGAUGGCUCCGUCAUUCCAAGCGGUGUCAAUGGCCUGCCAACCCUGUUGUAUACCUCUGUUUCGUACCUCCCAAUUCACUGGUCUGUCCCUUACACCAGGGGAAGCGAGACACAAUCACUGGCUAUUUCGUCCGACGGUGGACGCAACUUCACCAAGGCUAAUCAAGGCCCUGUGAUCCCCACGCCUCCAUUUGCUCUCAAUGUCACCGGUUUCCGUGACCCCUACGUUUUCCAGAGCUCAAUUCUAGACAAAUCUGUCAACAGCACCGAGGGAAGCUGGUAUGUCGCCAUCUCUGGCGGUGUCCACAAUGUCGGCCCUUGCCAGUUUCUCUACCGUCAGUAUGACGCAGAUUUCGAAUACUGGGAGUAUCUCGGCCAAUGGUGGAAUGAGCCCGCCAAUACCACUUGGGGUACCGGUGACUGGGCUGGCGGAUGGGGCUUCAACUUUGAGGUUGGCAACGUCUUCGGUCUGAAUGCAGAGGGCUACAGUGAGGAUGGUGAAAUCUUCAUGUCCCUUGGUACUGAGGGCUCAGGGCUCCCCAUCAUUCCCCAGGUCUCUCCAAUUCACGACAUGCUGUGGGUGACCGGAAAUGUCACAAACGACGACUCCGUCGCAUUCAAGCCAACCAUGGCCGGUGUACUUGACUGGGGCUUGUCGGCGUAUGCUGCUGCAGGCAAGAUUUUGCCAGCUAGCUCUCAGGCAUCCAAGAAGAGCGGUGCCCCCGAUCGUUUCAUUUCAUACAUCUGGCUCACCGGAGAUCUGUUCCAGACGGUGGAGGGAUUCCCUAGCGCCCAGCAAGACUGGACCGGGGCUCUCUUGCUGCCACGCGAACUGAAUAUUCGCACUAUCCCCAACGUGGUGGAUAACAAACUUUCGCGCGAGUCCUUCGCAUCGUGGCGCGUGGCCCGCGAAGAAUCCGGUGAACUCGAGCUUGAGACACUGGGAAUCUCAAUUGCCAGGGAGACCUACAGUGCUCUCACAUCCGGCUCAUCGUUUGUCGAGUCUGGUAAAACUUUGUCCAAGGCUGGGUCGGUGCCGUUCAACACCUCACCCUCAAACAAGUUCUACGCUCUGACAGCCAACAUCUCUUUCCCGGCCUCCGCUCGUGACUCCGGACUGCAAGCUGGUUUCCAAGUGCUGUCCUCUAGUCUUGAGUCUACAACUAUCUACUACCAAUUCUCCAACGAGUCCAUCAUCAUCGACCGCAGCAAAACGAGUGCCGCAUCGAAAACAACUGAUGGAAUUCUCAGUGAUAACGAGGCGGGCCGUCUUCGUCUCUUUGACGUCUUAAGAAAUGGAACAGAACAAAUCGAAAACUUGGAGCUUACCAUCGUGGUGGACAACGGAAUCCUAGAAGUCUAUGCUAAUGGACGCUUUACUCUGGGCACUUGGGCUCGGUCUUGGUACGCCAACUCGACUGAAAUUAACUUCUUCCAUAACGGUGUGGGAGAGGUGACAUUUGACGAUGUUACUGUCUUUGAGGGACUUUAUGACGCCUGGCCAGAGAGGAAGUAA